AUGAGCAAGAGGCCCGAGAGGACGAUUUUAUGGAUUUUAUCCGUAGUUUGGCUUGCGGCGACUGUGAAGGUUGAUUUUUAUUUUUUGAUUAUACCAUAUCUUUUUCAGUUUGUUAAAGUCUGUUCGAAAUUUAUGUUUUUUUCAAAGGAGCAUAGUCGAAAGGUCUCGAGGGGAAUUCUUUUUUUUUUGGUCGUGUAAGUUCUUUCAAAAACAGUAGAAUCUCAUAGAAAUUUUUCAAUUUUAUGUGCUCUUUUUAUUCGAUGAUAUUAAUAAAGUCUUUUUUUUUACUUUAGUUCAAUUAAAAAAAGUUUUGAGGUCUUUCUCUCAGAGAAACCAUUUGCUAACAGUUCAAGGAUUUUUCAAAAAAGUUUUUCUCAAAAUAGGACUGUUCCUCCAAACUUUAUGACUAGCUAGUGGUAAACAAAUAUUAAUCAAAAAUAAGACUCGAUUAAUAAAUUUUUAAGUUGGAAAUCAUCUUUGAAUCUUUUUUCUCGAAAAAAAUGAAGUUCCGUGAGAAAAAUAUACUGAAAUUAUUAACUCAACAAUGGAAAAAAAUUUCAGAAAUAAGUGAUUUUUAUACUGUGUUUUUCUGUUUCAGGUCAAAGUCGGCCACAUCGGUGCCGUAAAUGUGAUGAAAAACGGGGACAAGAUCCUCGAAUUAUCAAGGAGGCAGCUGGUCGAGGAAGGCGUUUUGGGCGAUGAUUUCGAAAUCGAGUAUGUAUUCAAAAAAAAAAGAAGUUCUAUUGGACUUUUGAAGAAUUGUGAACCAAAUGGGCUGCGGUGAGGCUUUCGAAGGAGUUGCAGUGGGCGCCGACAUGUAUCACGUCCAAGGAGUUCGAGCUUUCCUCGGGCCUUACUGCAAUGCUGGUUUGUUUGUCGGAAAACUUACUAUAGAACUUUUUUAUCCCUUUUUCAAUUUUUGAUGAUAAUUUGCUGGAGUGUACUUGAAGACACGCCCCAAACAUAAAAGAAACAAUUUUCGCAAUAAGACGUUUUUUUUACCCUUCCGCUAAUAUUUCAAAUCAUGUUUGGAACUCAUUCAUUCUUUGAACUUUUGCUAGCUGAUAAAUUCAAAAAGCUCUUAUUUUUCAACUCUAAAAAAAGAGCUUUUUUCGCGUUCAGAACUGGACGCCGUCGCCAAAAUGGCAACGUUCUGGAACAUUCCGAUCAUCGGCUACAUGGCGUCGUCGAACGUCUUUGCCGACAAGUCCAUUUACAAGACCUUGGCCCGAGUUUCCCUGAGAACAACUAAUUCGCUGGCCGAAGCCACCGCCGCCAUGCUCAAGCAUUAUGGAUUCGGCAAGGUAAAAAGUGGUUCUAACAAGGAACUUCAUUUCACAUUUAUUAAAAAUUGGCCAGAACAUUCUUUGAUGUAUCAGAAGAAGAUUAUGAAAAUCCCAAUCUGCCCAAUCUUCUAGUUUCAAAGAAAUAAGGGCUCAAAGCUUCAAAAUUGAUAAUUUUAACGGUUUUUGAGAGUUUUCUUUGAGGGGUCUUUUCGCGAAAACUAGGAAGCUUUGCAGCUUGAGACUUUCAGGAUCUUCAUUUCGUAUCUCAAUGAGUGUUCUGGCCAAUUUUCAGAAAGAUCCCAACCGAAAAGUAAAAAUAUCCCUUUUGUAAGUCAAGAUGUUGAAAAUUGAGAUUUUUUAGGUCGCCAUAGUCACCAAUACUGGCGCUGCCGCUUAUGAAAGGACCGCGGCUUUCGAAGAAGUCUUCCACAUGAGAGAUAUCAAUGUUGUCAAGAAGGUUUGAACUGGAAAAAAGUUUCAGAAAUUUAGGUUAGUGGUCAUUUUAGGGAUUUUGACCUUUUCUCUCUUCACAUUGUCAUUAGGAGAGGCACUUUAGAGAUUUUAGCACAUUCUCUUUUUACAUUGUCGUUAGAGACGGUUUUUUUUAGGAUUAGGGCGAAAUAGAGGUUUUUUGAGAGUUCUGAAGAGUGUAAUUUGAAAAAAAAAACACAUUUACAGUACCGCUCAAAAGUAUAUUAAGUUUUGGUUUUUUGAGGAUAUCUCAGCGAGUACUCAUCCGAUUUAUAUAUAACUUUCAGGGAUUAUGUAAAAUAUACUUUGAAACAUAUACGGUAUACAAAUACAUGUCCGCAGUCACUGCGACGCGUUUUUAGGAAUUUUUUUCGAAUUCAAUUUUUGUUUUUUUAUGCUUUUAUUUUUUUAUUUAUUUCUAUUAAAUUUUUUUAAAAAGUAAUAAUGUUGCCAUAUGUUUAUUUUUCAUGUUUUCAGACAUAAGAAGAACCUCUGGGAAAAAGAUUUGACUGAUAACGACAAAAGAGCCAUCGUUGUGGGUCGUCAAAAUGGACUGACCAUGAUGACGUUGGCAGGAAUGUUCGGCGUGACAGAGGCGUGCAUUUCUCAGUUCCUGAAGCGUUGGAAAGCUCAAGAUGGCACUGUUAAGAGCCAACGCACUGAAAGACCACGUGUCAUUGAUCGUAAUGGCGAUAGAAACAUUUUGAAGACGCCUAGAACCAAUCCAAGACUCACCGCCCCUGCGAUCAGACGGGAAGUUUUCUUGAAUUCGCCAUCUCCGCCAUCCGUCUCGACCGUGAAACGACGUCUCAAUGCUGCUGGAAUCAUGGGAAGACGUGCAGUGAAAAAACCGCUGAUUUCUGAAAAGAAUCGAGUCGCCAGGGUGAAGUGGGCGAAGGAGCAUCUGACCUCCACCAUGUUUCACAAAGGGUAA